GUCGAUCCUUUUGACAGCCAUCCCGUGAAUGAAUCAGAUCUGGAGCUACAGUCGCUAUCUCGUUCCGCACACGACACCGAAACAGACUCUGAUCUAGACCUGUCAGAUUCACAGAUGAAGCGCCGGACUCGUGACAAGACUGCCAAAAACGGUGCUCCUCCGGGCCUGACCAUCGAAACAGGACAAGGACAAAACGGCCUCGUAAACGGCGACAUGAAUUCGCAGCUGGAGAUGCGGAGAAAGGACCCUUCGGUCGACGCGCCCUCGUCAGCGCAGCACGCCACGCGCGUGAUGGAGCGAGAGAGCUUCACCCUAGAUGACGAGCCGCCCGAGGUGCCUCGCACCCCGAUGCUGAAGAAUACAAGUUUCUACGCGCUGCCGGAGCAGGAUCGCCGCAAUUUCUUGCUGCUCGUGCUGCUGUACUUUCUCCAGGGCAUCCCCAUGGGCCUGGCCAGUGGCUCGGUGCCGUUCCUUCUCAAACCGCACAUUUCGUAUGGUCAAAUCGGUGUCUUCUCGUUGGCCUCGUAUCCGUACUCGUUGAAACUGCUCUGGAGCCCGAUCGUGGAUGCUGUGUGGAGCAAAAGGCUGGGUCGCCGCAAGAGCUGGAUCACCCCGGUACAAUUGCUUUCGGGCUUGGCCAUGGUGUAUCUGUCUGGACACGCCGAAACGAUGUUGCGCGCGGCUGGCGAAAGUGACGCCAAUGUGUGGACUUUUACCAAAUGGUGGUUCUUCCUCGUUUUCCUCUGCGCAACUCAGGAUAUUGCCGUCGACGGCUGGGCGCUUACUCUCCUUUCACCACAAAACAUCUCCUACGCUUCUACCGCACAGACAGUUGGCCUUACCGCUGGUCACUUCCUUUCGUAUACCGUGUUCCUCGCAUUCAACUCUGCCGAUUUUGCCAACAAGUGGUUCCGCUCGCCAGCAAAUGCCGAUCCUGAACAUGGUUUGUUGUCGCUCGGAGGCUAUAUUGCGUUUGCCGGAUGGGCUUACAUUGUCGUGACCAUUGCACUGUUUUUGCUUAAGAAGGAGGAGCGCAGCAAUGACAAGGACGGCAUUAUCGAGGUCUACCACAGCAUGUGGAGUGUGUUGAAACUGAAAAACAUUCAAAUGAUCAUCAUUGUCCAUCUGAUUGCCAAAAUUGGAUUCCAGGCAAACGACGGAGUCACAAGCCUCAAGCUCAUCGACAAGGGCUUUGGCCAGGAUAACAUGGCAUUGGUUGUGCUCAUCGACUUUCCAUUCGAGAUCGCUUUGGGUUAUUAUGCCGGCCAGUGGUCCACCGAAUACACUCCGAUGAGGCUAUGGUGCUGGGCGUUUAUGGGCCGACUGGCGGCUGCUGUGUUUGCUCAGUUUACUGUCAUGAUAUACCCAGCCGGCUCAGAGAUUCCAUUCUGGUAUCUGUUGACUGUGAUUGGAGAGCAUGUGCUGUCGACCUUUAUGAACACGGUCAUGUUUGUGGCCGUGUCUGCGUUCCAUGCUCGCAUCUCCGAUCCAGCCAUUGGAGGAACUUAUAUGACACUUCUUGCCACGGUUUCCAAUCUUGGAGGAACAUUCCCGAAAUUCUUCAUUCUCAAACUUGUCGAUGCCUUUACCACAGCAACUUGUAUCCCCCCAUCGACACGCCCCGACACUUCGAAACUCACUGGCGACCUCGUCACUUCGGCCUUUUCUUGUGCUCUCGAAGCAGACAAGAGUCGCUGCAAAGCCGGCGGCGGCGAAUGCGUAAUCGAGCAGGACGGUUACUACAUGACUAAUGUUAUUUGCGUCCUUAUUGGCGUUGUUACGUUUUACCUAUACAUCCGACCCACGGCGCUCAAACUGCAGGCACUGCCACUGCGGGCCUGGAGGGUAACACUGGGCAGUGGGAAUAGAGAUUAG